UACAGGUGGCCCCGGCACACAGUUCAUUUGCAACGCAACGGCUGUUUCAUCUUCUGACGAGAUCACAUCCAUGCAAACGCAAGCAAUUAAUUAAUCCCCUAAUCCCCCAAAUCCUCAUCUCCAAAUCCCUCCUCGUCUCGUCCUCCACCGUAAUAAUCUCUGACCAAAUCGCCAAAUCAUCCGCCCAGAAAGCCGCCGAUCGAUCUCGUCGGAGAGGGCGCGCGACCAAUCUCGACCGAUCGAUCGAUGAUGCCUCCGAAGCCGGCUGCGGAGGACGUCGCCGACGAGCAGCCGGAGCCGCCGGACGAGGACCCCGACGUCGCCGAGGCCGACCCCACCGGCCGCUACCUUCGGUACAGGGAGAUCAUCGGAUCAGGAUCCUCCAAGACAGUCUACAAGGCAUUUGAUGCGGUGGAUGGCAUCGAGGUGGCAUGGGGCAAGGUGGAGAUAAACGAGAGAAUCAUGGGUUCAUCCAAGGAAUUGCAGCGGCUUCGCACGGAGAUCCAGCUGCUGAAAUCGCUGCAGCACAAGCACAUCCUCAAGCUCUACGCAUCCUGGGUCGACACUAACAGAAGGACGGUUAACAUUGUCACUGAGCUGUUCACAUCUGGUAAUUUGAGAGAGUACCGUACAAAGCACAAAAAGGUUGACAUGAAAGCAAUGAGACGAUGGGCAAAGCAAAUACUGACAGGGUUGGAAUAUCUACACAGUCAGAAGCCACCAAUCAUACAUAGGGACUUGAAGUGUGACAACAUUUUCAUUAACGGGAACCAUGGGAAAGUGAAGAUUGGAGACUUUGGUUUAGCAAUGGUGAUGCAGCAAAGGAAAACACGGAGUAUACAAGGCACCAUAGAAUUCAUGGCACCAGAGCUUUUUGGUGAAAAUUACAAUGAGCUGGUCGAUAUAUAUUCUUUUGGAAUGUGCAUGCUGGAGAUGGUGACUUGUGAAUGCCCAUACAGUGAAUGCAAGGGCUUUAUUCAGAUAUACAAGAAGAUUACUGAAGGUGUAAAGCCAGCUGCUCUCUCCAAAGUCAAAGACGCAGAAGUGAGAGGCUUCAUUGAGAGCUGUCUAGCUUCAGUAUCUGACAGGUUGCCUGCAAGUGAGCUCUUGAAGAGCCCUUUUCUUCAGAGUGAUGAUGCCAAUCACAGAAGCUCCAAUUCAGUUCAAGAACCAGUAAAAUUCCCUGAAAACAAUUUUACUAAAGAUGAACCAAUUUUUGUCUCUCUGGCGCCGAAUAAUGGGACAGUCAAUGGGAAGGAGCAAUCUUUCAUCUUGGUGCUUCAGAAGAGUGAUUUUUUGUUGGAAGGGAACAUGAGCACCACCAACCCUGUCAUGCUGUUUCUGCGAUUCCCUGGUCCUGAUGGUAAGUUCAAGAAUGUUCAGUUCCCCUUUGACAUGGAGAAAGAUACCAGCCUGUCGGUGUCCACUGAAAUGGUUGAGCAGCUUGAGCUGCCUGAAUGGAACAACCCUGUCUUGGCCGAGUUGAUAGACGCCUUCUUACUACACAUUUUGCCCAGUUGGAAACCCUGUGUUAAAGUUGGAAAGAUGUUGCCAAGUUCUUCCUAGGGAGUGAGUUGUCCAGUUUUCCCCAUUUCGGUGGCAUGCAGAAUAUGGUUCAUUCUCCUUGGUGCAUGCUCAAAUCUCAGCGCCGUGGUUUUCACUGACGAUUGAGAAAAUUUGUACAGAAUUACUGCUAGGGAAGAGUUCUUAAUAGAGUCGAUGAAUUCUUGAUUUUAGCUGUUGUAGCCUGUAUGUGAAUUCCUGCAUAGGAUAACGGUGCUGCCAAUGCUGUAUCCAGAUAUGAUGUUCCAUCACUUGUUCUUUUCCUUUUCUUAUCUAUCCAUCACUUUUGGAUGGCUAGAACUGCUUCGAGAUCUUGUGCACAUCUAUAAAUAAAAGGCAAAAUUUGCUACA